GUUCGGUGCUGAUUGCGACGAGUGCAACGAUGAAAUUUCUUGUGCUAAUUUCUGCCUUAAUGGCAGCGGCUUACGCCCGCCCUGAGGCCGGCUACAGCUACAGCCCCCCUAGCGCCCCCAGCAACAGCUACAGCGCCCCCAGCAGCAGCUACGGCGCUCCCGCUCCCCAGUACGGCGCCCCCGCCCAACCCCCAGUAGUCCAUAAGCACGUCUACGUCCACGUUCCACCACCAGAACCCGAAGAACACAGACCCCAGAAACCCAUUCACGUCGCUGCCCCACAGAAACACUACAAGAUCAUCUUCAUCAAAGCCCCAACUGCACCAACCCCCACCGCUCCCGUCAUCCCAGUGCAGCCUCAGAACGAAGAAAAGACCUUGGUCUACGUUUUGGUCAAGAAACCUGAAGAUGCGCCUGAGAUUCACAUUCCUACCCCUGCGCCCACGCAGCCCAGCAAGCCUGAGGUUUACUUCAUCAGGUAUAAGACACAGAAAGAGCAAGGUGGUUAUCCAGAUAGUGGAGUCCCGCAAUCGCAGUAUGGAGCUCCCUCUGCGCCCAGUGCGCCCUCCAGUGACUACGGAGCGCCCUCAGGAGGAUCCGGUCCUUACUAAAGUCAGGGAAAGUGUAAAUUUGAUGCCAGUGGAUUUGAUACUCUUUUGCAUACUAGUUAAUGUGAUUAAUAUGAAGCAUUUUUUUGUAUAAGAAGGGUGCAAAUGUAUUUUUGUUGUAUUUUUUUGCAAUGUUGUUACAGUCUGUACAUAGUUUUAAAUGUAACUUAUGAAAGCUUUAUACGUAGGUUAAGUUAG